AUGUACCCACUUCAAGCCAUACAGAAUUGCACAGAAAGGAAACGUCGACGCGAAGAUGUCGAUAGCCCAGAUGUACCGCCAGCAAAGCGGCAUCACCAGCGACAUCUGACAUCCACACCAUCGAAGCGUAAGGCGCGUCUCUCGACGAAGCCAGCCCUCUCGACUCAGAGACGCUAUUCUCUGAGGGCAACCGCAGAACGAACACGAAGCAAUAUCGCAAAAAAUCUAGCUCAUAUCCCAGUUGCUCCCGCUCCUCUUCCCAUUCCAACCCCAGUUCCCGCCCCAAUCCUUCCGACAACCCGCAUCCCCACCAAACGUCUACGCAACGCUCUGGAAGCCGAUAUUUGUGAAGAGCCACCGGCAAAGCGUCACCACCAGCGACAUCUGACAUCCCCACCACCGAAACGUAAGACCCGUUCAUCGACAAGGGCGACCGCCCCUACCCAGAGCCGUUAUUCGCUCAGGAACACUGCAGAUCGCGUUAGAAGGAAUACCGCUGCAACACACAAUCCGACUAUCCUAGCUCCCAUUCCCGCUCCAGCCCCGGCUCACGCCCUAAUCGUCUCUCCGCCUCCCGUCCUCACGAAGCGUCGACACCUCACUGUCGACAACGAUUUCGACGUUGAUGUCUCCGAAGAACCCCAUGCAAAGCGUUAUCGUCUGGCACCGUCACCUUCGAAACACGCGAGCCAUUCGUCGACCAGGCCAGACAUCAUCAUUCAGAGCCGUUAUUCUCUUAGGAUGACUGCAGAUCGUAUGCGAAGAAACAUUGCAGCGACUCCUCCUCGCAAUCCAGCCGCUACUCCCCCUUGUAUCCCCGUACGACCCACUGCUCGUGGAUCAAUGCCUGCCUCUCCGAUCUUCACGGCCCCUGCCCCAACUUCCCCUGACGCUCCUGCUCCUGCUCCUCCUUCAGCUCGCACCUCUGGUCGUAUCGAAACUCGCCGUAUCCCCAUCCAAAGCUCCAAUACCGCCGCAACUCCCCUUCCCCUUCAUCCUUUGGCAGGAAUCCCCACUCGUCCUCCCGUUGAUGUCUCGGUUACCAGCAUGACGUUUAAACGCACGCAUGUGCCUUGGGGUCAACUUCCCGAACGCCAGCAAACUCGUCUGUCCACAGUAUGGGAUGCUAUGAUCAUUCGGCUAUGGAGGAGACAUUCCCUGUUUAGUUUUGGGGGCCUUGAUACCUAUGGCCGAGCGCUGGGUCUAUCGUCCUGCGACGAGCCUGAUGAUCUCAUGACGCUGGCCGCGCUCGAUAAAUACCCAGACCUCGAUGAUAUUGUCAUUGCUUUUCGCAAGGAUUUUCACCAACUUCAUGAGUUUUGUAACCAUCGUGCCUUCCAUGACGACCUCGACGCCUCUAUUGACGCGGCAUUAUCAAGAUUAGAGCCCUUGUUUAUCCCCUCGGCAAGCUUGCAUUUCCCCGCUUCUCCAUACUGGAGCACGUAUGGGAUAUAUUUACCACAUCAGACCCCGAAGCCCGAACCGCAGACUCUGGAGCUCGUGUACGGCGUAAGCGCAUGUUGGGGUCUCUAUUUUGCAUAUUCGCCAAACAAAACAGUAGAAGAAGCUCGCAAGAGUAAUAUGUCACAGGACCUCAUCCUCGCCAUCCAGGAGCUCGGUGCCACCAUCGACACUGCGACUCUCAGCCCUGAAGCUAUAUCACGCCGCGCCGCCAUAGCCGAGCUCUGUUUCUACACCCUUUACCUCACCCGAAUUAUCGUGCUCUCCCGAUUCUUGGAAUGUCUUCCUCAAGACAUAUUUGUGCGAUUUGCACGCUCAGAAUGGGCCGUUUUUCAACGUGACCCACCUCGUACAUCGGAGGGCGAUGAUGUUUUCUCCGUAGUCUAUCGACAUGUCGCGAAGGCUCGACGCUCCAUUGCGGGUCUCAAGCGGACGGUAGAAACUCGUUUCGAAACUUUAGUUUACAAAAACAAACAUCUAUUCAACGACCAAAGUGACCCCGCCUCGAUAAUUCCAUUCUACCUCGCAGUUGACGAAGUCGACACUCCCGUUGGCCAAACUCCGCUGAGCGGUCGCCGUCCCGCUUGCUCACGCUCCAGUGUCAAUGCCCUCUUCUUCGGAUUCGAUACCCCGUGA